UCUCACUGACCAAUCUAACUACGUCAUAGCGCCUCUGUUUUAUCUUUUCUCGGCCAAGUUGGAACGUCCCUGUUGUAUUGUGAACAAAGUCAUUGAACAUCACCAUGAUGGGCCGCCAGUAUUCGAUAAGCAUUUGUUUCACUGCAGUAUGAUAGGCAUCCUGGGGAAGGCGUGUCUCAGGACACGCCGCCGCCCUCCAACCGGUAUCGCUUGGAAUCUCUCCCGCCCUGCUCUCUGCACCUAUAAGCAGCUCAGGACCAAUUUAAACCAUGCUACUAUACAGUCACGAGGAGACGAAUCAGGGCAUAUACAAGCUGGCUCAAAUGAAGCCAUAGCCUAUGUUGACAACUUAUUUCCGCUCAGGCUGAAAUGGCUGCGCGAGAUUCCAUUUACCACUCCAGCAACUGGUGCCGUUUCUGCAGAGCUUAAAAAGCAGAUAGAUAGACCGGAUUUUGCAGCUUCAGAGCCACUGUCAGCCGUACAACGGGCUUUACCGCCCGAGCUGCGAGGUGAAAUAACCCAAAUUAUACCUCGCUAUGAUGAGGGCGGUGCCUUCGUUAAGUUUGCCCUUGACUCUGGAGUUGAUGCUACAGAGCUGGAGCAUCAACUAAGAGAUCACCUGGCAAAGAACCCCAUCAGACCAUGGUUUAACCCUUUUUAUACCACCCACGCCGCAUUGGUGCGAGGCCGACCGUGGAUAGAGGAUCUUUAUCGUAUCCCUAGCAAAAUGCUCAAAGUUGAAUUCCUCCCAACAUUUCCUGAAGCAUCCGCAGCAGAAUUAACCCAGGAAACACUCUAUUCAUUGGCCAGACGGUAUGGCAAGUUGACGGACAUUGUGGCGCAACCGUCAGAUUCCAAAGUUGUACCACGUUAUGCACUCAUUGAGUACAAUAGGCUUCGAAGUGCAGUCGCAGCUAAAAAUUGCUUACAUGGUUUCAAAGUUUCAGAGGCAGAAGGGGGAGGAAAGUCAGAGACUCUGCUUAAGAUCACCUAUGAACAGAAAACGAAAAGGGGAUGGAUACGAGACUGGCUAUUCAAUCACCCAAGAAUCGUAAUCCCUGUUCUGGCCGCACUUCUCGCGACGAUUACCGUUAUCAUCUUCGAUCCGAUCCGCACGUUCUCUAUUAAAAUUCGAAUCAAGCCGCCUCUCCAUCUGGAAGAUAACAUUGUCUGGCAGUGGGUGCAACGGCAAGCUAGCAAAGCCAACCAAAUGAUUCCGUUCGGACGCCAUGAUUCGGAAACUGGAGGGUUGAAAGCGGUAUGGGAGGAUCGGAAGAAUGAUAUUCAACUCAUCAAAAGUUGGCUGCUCGAGGUUACCAGUACUUUAAUCAUAAUCCAAGGACCACCUGGUUCGGGCAAAAAGGAGCUCGUUUUGGAUGAAGUGUUGGCGGAUCGCGACCACAAAUUAGUUAUAGAUUGCAAACCCAUCCAAGACGCCAAUGGCGACACCGCUACCAUUAAUGCUGCCGCUGCUGAAGUUGGUUAUCGACCUGUCUUCUCCUGGAUGAACAGUGUCAGCAGCGUGAUAGAUGUAGCGAUACAGGGGACUACGGGCGCAAAAGCUGGUUUCUCAGAAACACUAGACGGCCAACUUGGAAAGAUUUUGCAGAAUACCGCGAAUGCCCUGAAACAAGUGGCCCUUGAGGAGAGGAAAAAGGACAACAAGCAUGCCAAUCUAAGCGAUGAAGAGUACUUGGAAGCUCAUCCUGAAAGCCGUCCAGUGGUUGUUAUCGAUAAUUUCUUGCAUAAAGCCCACGAGAAUCCGAUGAUUUAUGAGAAACUGGCUCAAUGGGCUGCAGCGUUGACUACUUCCAACGUUGCUCGCGUGAUAUUUCUGACUACAGAUGUUUCAGCUUCAAAAUCAUUAAGCAGAGCUCUUCCGAACACUGUCUUUCACCAGAUAUCAUUGCAGGACUGUUCGCCGGAAGUGGCAAAACGCUUCGUCCUUGAGCAUAUCCGAGCUGCGGGAGAAGGGAAACAGCAAAACGGCACCACCGAAAAAUUGGAGCACAUGGAAGGACUUGAUGCUUCUAUUCAUGCACUCGGUGGACGUCUCACCGAUCUCGAGUUCCUAGCUCGGAUGAUCAAAACUGGAUCAACGCCAAAAGAUGCCGUACAACGAAUAAUCACCGAAUCAUCGGCCGAAAUCUUAAAAAUGUUUAUCCUCGAUCUCCCUACCACUGAGAAGCCUCACUGGUCGCCUGAACAAGCCUGGUAUCUUAUUUCGAAAUUGGGAAAGAGCGAUUCAGAAACCCUGCGAUAUAAUGAAAUCCUACUUCACCCCUUAUUUAAGAGCGAUGGCGAGGCUGCAAUCCAAGCCCUGCAGCAAGCUGAGCUCAUAUCCGUUGCCAAUAUUAGCGGCUCUCCGUCAACAAUCAAACCAGGAAAACCUGUGUACCGUGCCGCGUUCGAGCAGCUUACCAACAAUAAAGCCUUGAGCAGUCGAUUCGGCAUGGCGAUAUUGGGGCGGUUGAUUGCAAUGGAAAACCAAAACAUCCAGAACUUAGAGAAGGAGUUACAGGUGCUCGGGUCUUUCCCAAAGCAACCGGGUGAAAUUGCACCGCGUGUCCGUUGGCUACUGGGGAAGCUGAGCAGUUCGCAGGUUAACGUGGAGAAAUAUGAAAGGGAGGCUUCUCUGUUGAAGAGGAUCCUUGAGGUGGAGUAAUAUUCUUCUUCAAUGGUAUUUUUGGUCGCUGCUUGCAGGGGCAGCAGUAUGGCUAGUAGUUACUAUUUUGUGUCCUAGGCCUACGAAUGCUAGAAUUGUUACUUUGGAUAAGGAGGCGUUUCCGUUCUUGGUGCAUUUGCAAAGUUAUAUUCCCCACUCUCAAAGUUGAUUAUUAACUUUUAGUACAGUGAAUAAUUUAUAGAAGAUAGCAAAAUUGCCGGUGUCACUUCCACUUGAAACCCACAAAAACUAUUAGGACAACCUUCGUUCUCUCAUAGGGAAACGGUAGUACACAAUGCCAUAUAUAAAGCCAGCGAGGGAAUAUACAGGGCUGUCGACAUGGAUCCUCAGACGACAUCCUUCAAUUCCGUCUUUGGUUCAAUAUACCUGCUCAAUGUCUUCCUCUUAAGACUCUUUUGCUCAUACGCAUAGGCCAUCCCAAUCAACGCUUCUUCGCUCCAAAAAUCGCCUAGGAAGCUUAGUCCCAUCGGUACCCCAGGGGCCCAGAGCACAAGAUCUCUAGGGGUAGUCACCACUUCUGUGCCCACUGGCCAGGCACCCAUAGGCACAGUCACAAUGGGCGAACCGAGAAUGCCAGGUCCGAUCGAGGCGAGGCUACUUGGUAAGACGAUAGCGUCAAGCUUGUUUCUGCGCAGAGCACCGAGUACGCCGCCUUCCCCAGCUAGCUGCAGAGCAUUUUGAUAUUUUGGCCAGAAUUCGGGGGAAGUGUUGUUGUAGCCGAGCGCGAGAGCGCCGUCCCAGGAGCCUGUAUUGCGGUCUGGAUAGGCUUCGAGCGGGAAUGCCUGGGUGAAGUCGCGCAGGUCGGAGAGCGUAUUGAUAUUGUUUGGAUUGGUUUGGAGUUUGGAGAAAUAGUUAGCAAUGUCAUUUACGAAGUCUGCGGAGAUAACUUCCCCUGGUAAAGGGCUAGUAUUGGAUUCUUCGAGGGCAGAGUAGUUGGCAUCCUUAACGAUGAUGGCCCCCGAAUCAGUCAUCACUUUGACAGCAGCGUUAAAGUUGUCAAGGAUUUCAGGAGCAACCUGCUCGAGUACGUUUGUUGGGAGUCCGAUCCGCUUCCCUUUGAGCGACGAACGUUGGCAGGCUGCUACGUAAUUAGGGACAUGAUCAAAGGGGAAAGCGGAUGUGUAGUUGUCGUUUAAAUCCGGGCCAGCAAUCACUUGGAGGAGCUUGGCGGCGUCCUUAACGGUUCUAGCCAUGGGCCCGAUGGUGUCCAUAUGCUGGCUGAUGGGAACCACAAGAUAGCGGGAUGUGAGCCCAACAGUUGGCUUGAUACCGGCAAUGUUGUUUUGUCCACUAGGGCUAACAAUGCUGCCGCUUGUCUGGGAACAGAAAUUAACCUCGAAGCUCAAGGCGCUGUGUGUAGUAAGGUGGGGAAAAUAAAUUCAAGAUAACUACCUCUGUUCCAAGAGUAGCAAAGCUUAAGCCUAAAUCUGAUGCCACGCCGCUCCCGCUCGAGCUGCCACUGGGAUCUUGUUUCGGGACAUAAGCUCCAGUCACUUGGCCGCCAUAAGCGCUCCAGCCAUUGCUAGAAUUGAAUGAGCGGAAAUUGGCCCAUUCACUUAAACCUGCCAUUCCUAAGAUGAUUACACCAGCUUCCCUCAACUUUACGACCACUGUAGAGUCUUCGGGAAGUUCUGCUCCCAAAAGAGCAUAAGAACCAGCUAGCAACAAGGUCGUCAGCUACCAGUGUCAUAAAAGAAAUCCCACUGGCGAGCGCAAGGCAAUUCGGGAGAGUUACAGGUGGUAUUCAUCUUGUCCGCGACGCCGAUAUUGCCCUUAAUGAGAACGGGUAGCCCAUGUAGUGGUCUAAACAUAUUGAGUCAAUAUCGUGUUCAAGCGUUUGGCGGAAUGAUUGGAGAUCACAAACCCGCGAAGCUUCCCGUGCUUCCGUUCCACAUCCAGACGUCGUGCAAUGGCAAUCGCGUCAGGGUUCAACUCGGCCACAACCUGUAGUGUCGAGUUCACAUCCGCGAUCCUUCCGAUAUAGGCCUACCCUCCAAAGUUCCGCUCUUAGCGGCAUUCAUAACUCUGCAGGUAAAUUGAAUGGAACGUAUACAUGGUUCACAAACAUUAACUAAAUCAACGCUGGUAAAGCAUCCUUUUGACAGUCCUGCCUGUAGCUGAUUUGAAGUUGCAUCAAUUAAAGAUGGAAAAUGACAGCAGCGGGCUACAGUAUUAUGAUUUAGUAGCCAACCAAUUGAUACGGAAUUGGAGAUAGGAUAAAAUGAAAACAAAGGCUACCUGGGACCUUGUCGACAGCUAGUGAAGCGGCCGUAGAAAGGGAUAGAGAAAGUAACUGCAAAACCCUAUACACAAAAGUUGGAAGAAACAUUG